AAAAUUAAGUGGAAUUUUAAAUGGAUAUGAUUCAGGCAGUAGUAAAGAUGACAGUAUAUGAUUAGCUGACAAAUGAGAUGGCUGAGAAUUACCCUUAGGAAUUCUAGGGAGGGAUACCUCAGGCUCCUGCCGUAGCAGAAGACUUUGAGUCUCGUCUUGAAAGAGUUGAGCAUUUGCAGAGGCUGUCGGACGGAAAAAGCCUUUCCUCUCUCACUGACAGUCUCCACCAUGAUUCACAGCCUUUUCUUGAUCAACUCCUCUGGAGAUAUUUUCCUAGAGAAACACUGGAAGAGUGUGGUCAGCCGUUCUGUUUGCGAUUACUUUUUCGAGGCACAAGAGCGAGCAACUGAGGCUGAAAAUGUUCCUCCAGUUAUCUCCACCCCUCACCACUAUCUCCUAAGUGUUUACCGUCACAAGAUCUUUUUUGUGGCUGUGAUCCAGACGGAGGUGCCACCUCUGUUUGUCAUUGAGUUCCUUCACCGAGUAGUGGACACGUUUCAGGAUUAUUUUGGAGUCUGUUCAGAGCCCGUGAUAAAAGACAAUGUGGUUGUGGUUUAUGAGGUACUGGAAGAGAUGCUUGACAACGGGUUUCCAUUGGCUACCGAGUCGAACAUCCUCAAGGAACUGAUAAAGCCGCCCACCAUCCUUCGAACCGUUGUCAACACCAUCACAGGAAGCACCAAUGUGGGUGACCAGCUUCCCACCGGGCAGCUGUCUGUGGUGCCUUGGCGACGGACUGGGGUGAAAUACACCAACAAUGAGGCCUAUUUUGAUGUGAUUGAAGAGAUUGAUGCCAUCAUUGAUAAAUCUGGGUCCACAAUCACUGCCGAGAUCCAGGGGGUUAUCGAUGCCUGCGUCAAGCUGACCGGAAUGCCCGACCUUACGCUUUCCUUCAUGAACCCCAGGCUGCUGGAUGACGUCAGCUUCCACCCCUGCGUCCGCUUCAAGCGCUGGGAGUCCGAGCGCAUCCUCUCCUUCAUCCCUCCCGACGGCAACUUCCGCCUGCUCUCGUACCACGUCAGUGCACAGAACCUGGUGGCGAUUCCGGUUUAUGUCAAACAUAACAUCAGCUUCCGGGACAGUAGUUCUCUUGGCCGCUUUGAAAUAACGGUGGGCCCCAAGCAGACUAUGGGGAAGACCAUUGAGGGGGUCACUGUCGGCAGCCAAAUGCCCAGAGGCGUCCUGAACAUGAGCCUCACGCCGUCUCAGGGGACGCACACGUUCGACCCAGUUACCAAGAUGCUGUCUUGGGAUGUAGGAAAAAUAAACCCCCAAAAGCUGCCCAGUUUGAAGGGUACCAUGAGUCUUCAGGCUGGAGCUUCCAAACCCGAUGAGAACCCCACGAUUAACCUGCAGUUUAAGAUCCAGCAGCUGGCCAUUUCUGGCCUCAAAGUGAAUCGUCUGGAUAUGUAUGGAGAGAAGUACAAACCCUUUAAGGGCAUAAAAUACAUGACCAAAGCUGGCAAGUUCCAAGUUCGAACCUGAAGGGAGAGUUCUGCAAAGGGAACAGUCACGAACACUUUUUCAUUGCUUACUUGUCUAAAAGUAAAAACUGUCAGCCCUCUCCUAGGUCACUGCCCACUCUGGACCACCUGCUCCUGUUUUCCCGUAGCUUCAGUGCCCCGGAGCUAAUGAAAGGAGGCCGGGCCGCCAGGGAGGCCUGCACAGAACCCACACGCCAGCAGCACCAAGUCAGUUCUCAAAGCAGAGGCGUGCGAUGCAGGGGGAGGUACUUGAUGCCAUAUGUAACUACUUGUGACAUGGUUACUGCAGGAAAAGACCAGCAUUUGUUACUCGCUUGGCUUUAAUUAUCUUAAGCCAAGGAAAGAUGUCUUUGGGUUUUUUUUUUAAUUAAUUAAUUUUAUUUUUAGUUAUUUUUGGCUGCCUUGGGUCUUUGUUGCUGCGCACAGGCUUUCUCUAGUUGCGGCGAGUGGGGGCUAUUCUUUAUUACAGUGCACGGGCUUCUCACUGCAAUGGCUUCUCUUGUUGUGGUGCACGAACUGUAGGCACACGCGGGCUUCAGUAGUUGUGGCACGUGGGCUUUGUAGUUGUGGCUCGCGGGCUCUAGAGCGCAAGCUCAGUAGUUGUGGCGCACGGGCUUAGUUGCUCGGCGGCACAUGGGAUCUUCCAGGACCAGCACUUGAACCCGUGUCCCCUGCAUUGGCAGGCGGAUUCUUAACCACCGCGCCACCGGGGAAGUCCUGUUUUUGUAUUUCAAGCUGGGAAGAAAGAUUAGAAAGAGAGAGCGAGCUUGGAGGAGAAGGACUGUUAGCCAAGGAAGGGCCGGGGAGGCUCCGUUCUCGGGGCACCCCACACCGAAGCGAGGAAGGCGGGAGGAGCUGUCCAGCUCCACCUGCAGGGCGGCUGGGAGGAACAGAGUUGAGUGAGUUUCUUUUUGACCCCUCCGCUUUCAUACAAACGUAAAACUUUGUACUUCUGGAAAUGCACUGGAAACUUCUUAAAUUCGAGUGCACUGUGGACACGGAAACCCCAGUAGAAUCAGAUUUUCCCUUAAAGACUACGAUGCUCUCUGACCGGUUUUCCGGUCCUGACCGCUGCGCGCCUCCGGCACGAGGCCGGGCACCUUCAGCGAGGGUGAGCCGCCCUCUUCCAGGGGGUGUUGCCUGAAAUGCCUCUUUCCCUAACCCCCCAACAGCUCCACUCACUUCACUCUGCAGAAUCCCUGUUCCCCGAGGAGCGCUUCGGAGAAGCCCAUCCCAUCACCCCGAGGGCAGCAGAUUGUGUGUCGUAGUAUCGGAGUGUAGAUGGCCCCCUCGUGCCCCCUCUGUGACCCAGUGGUUCCUUGUUCAUGUCCGUCAGUGCUUCCCUGGUGCUGCAGUCCGACCUUCCCGUCUGCAGCUUUCCCAGCGGUGACCCUAAGUGCAAAGGAUGCUGACCGCCGAGAGCACGGCCAGUCCUGGGAGCCGCCCAGUGAAGUUAUUUCCUCGGAGUCGCCCCUAUAUAGUCUAUUUAUUAACAAUGUAUAUCGACCAGUCGGUUUUUGUUUUAAGACAAGAAAAUCUCCUGAAUCGUUGAAUAAAACUGAUGUAGGAAGAUGGGCCGUGUUGAUCCUGUGUAGCCUGGUUUAAGAAACACGGGCAACUGAAGGCGGACCUCAGGUGUUCCCGGCAGGGAAUUUUUACUCUAGUUUAAUAUGCCCAUUACCCAUUGAAAUAUUUAUAGGAAAGACGGGUUUUUAAAAAUUAUACCUUUAGGAGUGAUACUGCACCCUGCUUCGUGCAGGGAAAAAAAUGAAGACCUUGUACUCUCCAAACGCUACAAUUUUUCUCUAAAACCCUGUUUCCGAAUACUUCAGCAAUGUUUUUGUUCUAGUUUUCUCUUCCGACUUCCUGGACUUGUUUUCACUGCAGAAUACCGUUGCUGUAUGGUUUUCCUCUGGGGCCAGUCGUGCUGUGGGCAGGCAGCUCGCGUCCCACACUCCAUCACUCUGGAAUUUGUCCUGGAUUCCCAGGUCCCAUACGCACCUGCCACGGAAGGGAGACGCCUCUGCCUGUGGAUUCCAGAACACCGGAGCUGCUUCUCCCGAGGGCUCUGGAGGAUUUCAGGGGCUCCUCGGUCAUAGGAAACAACCAGUAUUGGUCCCUGAAUAUUCUUAGGCUUAUAAGUCCAACUGUCCCUCCAGAGCAGCUUAUCCUCAUUUCAAGGGAAGAACUUAGGGAGAAAUAAAGCACCGGGGCCGUGGGACCCACAGGCCUUGGCAUGGGAGGCACCCCUGGGCUGCAGACCCCUGGCCGCCCCCUCCAGCCGGUGGUGUGUUAGCAUAGGUGGGGCUGGGCGCCUCCGCCGAGCCGCUCGGUUCCAUACGUGUUUCAACGUGCAGAAGCAUCUGCUGUGUUUAAAUGUUUAAUAAAGUUGAGUGUUAACAGUCCCUAAUGUCCUGAGGGUCUUGUUACCAGGACCAGCGGUGAUGCCGUGCACACACGCCCCAGUGGAAGCGGGAAGAAAGAAACCAGUUCAUGGUGAUCUCACUGCUUCUGCACUUUCCAACCAGCAGACCUGAAGCCAUGUGUCAUUUUGAAGGUUGUGAGAACAAAGGUCCAGAGCCAUCAAAUGAUGUCCCGCCUAGCGUGUGAAAAACAAAACCAUCCAAACUGCUGGUGUCUAUUCUAGUGCUUUCCCCUUCCUCUCGAUCUUCCUGGGUUGAUUAAUUAGGGCGUGAAGCAGGGCUCCGAGGCCCCCAGUCAUCGUAAUUGUAGUGGAGAGCUCCCAGAGUCUCCUGUGAAGUGUAGACAAGGGUCCUUCUCCUACGUCCUGAUUUCCUUCUCUAGGUCCCUCGUGGCCUGGGGGAGACUAAGACUUCUUUCUGUUUUCUAACCACAAGCGUUGUUGAGUGUUUAUUACUACCCCAUCCUAUCUGUUUCAGUCGUUCACGUCUCUUCCUUUGGUCGGGCUGUUUUCCCUAGCCUUGCUGUGGUGUGACCGGGUACAUUUUAUAACAUUUGUACUUUCCUCUAUGGCCAGUAGGUGGUGACUCAGGGCCAGCAAUGACAUUAAUUUUUGUAAUUGUUAGAAUUUUUAAAAGGGAAUUGAAUUUGAAAAGCUUAAACUUUCCCCCAAGAUCCCAAGUACUGGGGACUGUGUGGGUCUUUGGCUUUCAGCGUUAAAUGUGGAACCAAAGUUUAUGACACUCUUUUGACAACCUGACUUAAGAUUGGGGCUCCAGGGGGGUUGGAGUUUCAAUCAUUUGAGUUCCUCAGGCCUUUACCCAUUAAAACAAUUUGCACAAUUAUCUGAGAAUCUUUUUUGUUCUUUGGGCCUAUUAGCAUCUAUCUGUU